AUGGUUCUUCCAAUAAUAGUGGGGGUAGGAGCCACCAUCGUUGCAUUUGCUGUGAAAACCACAGCUUCUGCAUACCGAAAGUUCAAUCUCUUAACCCCAGAAAUGAUAGGUUUGCUCAACAACAUAAAGGUGCAAAGACCAACGACAUUCGAUGUUUCCCAUCCACAUGCAUCCCAGCAUGACUAUAUACGACGAAGGUUUAUCAACGAAGGAUUUGGAGCCAAGAUGACCGAAAAUGAGGCUCUUAUGGUCCUAGGCAUAGAAGGAGAUGAGAUAAUUCAUCUAAAUAAGCAGAUCAUCAAAGACCGAUAUAGAAAGUUGAUGAUUGCCAAUCAUCCAGAUAGAAAUGGCAGUGUGUAUUUGAGUCAAAAGAUCAAUGAAGCCAAGGCCAUCUUGGAUGAAAGCCCAUUGUCAAGAAAAUGA